UUCAUUUCUUCAUUUUCGCAGUGCAAUCUUCUAUACAGUUUUAGGUUUAGUAGGGAAUUGGGGAAGGAAUGGUGGGGAGUGUUGUGUACAAGGGACCAAGCGUGAUAAAGGAGAUAAUAUAUGGAGUUGGGGUAGGGCUAAUGGCUGGUGGUCUCUGGAAAAUGCACCAUUGGAAUUACCAAAGGAGAACCAAGGAGUUCUAUGAGUUGCUUGAUCGUGGUGACAUUACUGUUGUUCUUCCAGAGGACAAUUAAUGUAAUUUUCGUGUUUUUUUGUAAAAAUUAAUUAGCUUAAAUUGUAAGUUUUGUUUUCGUUUA